GCCAGUAAAGAUUUCUUAAUGGGCUCUUCAGUCUUCUGGUCCAUCUGCUGUGAUGAUAAACACGCAGUUUGUCCUCAUCAGCAAACAAGUCCUUCUUUCCUCCAAAAAAGUCACUUUCCGUAUCUUCCCAGGACCUGCGCACCCAUGGGAGUGAAACCGACGAGGAGUUGUUUUUUGCACCGUUUGAGGAUUUCUCACUUCUUGGAUGUGUGAGCCCCCCGCCUGCGCAUGGGGCGCUCCAUCCCGUCCGGACCCGAGUGACAGCAUCCACCAGGCCUCGGCGGCAACCUCGGCAGCGGGACGAUGCCUUCCCUGCACCACGGGGCCAUCGUCGUGGGCGUCUUCCUCAUCCUGACGGGGGGCUCCACAGCCUUCCUGGCCUCGUCCCAGAGCCGCAUGCAGCCCUUCUCUCUGUGCUGCGUGGUUCUGGGGGUGGUCAUGCUCAUCUUGGGGCUUUUCUGGGCCAUGAACAGCAAGAGCACAGCCAACUACAACCCGCAGGAGUUCGACCCCGAGUGCCCGCACUACCCUUACAACGAGUACGCCGGCUACAGCAGCCAUGCCCUCUUUGCACACAGCGGGGGUCGCUUCCACGAGUCCCAGUCGGUCUUCCUGCCGGGGACUCUGGAGUGCCAACGACACGGCAUCCGAGGCGAGGACUUCGACUAUCCCCCCAUGGACUCGGGAGGUUUCAGUCCGCCCCCCCACCCUGCUCCCUGGCUGGGGCCGCCGCCGCCCUACGAGGUGGCCAUCAAAACCACGUGCAGCUCCACGCACCUGAGGCGCGCCUACUCCGACACGCAGUUAGCAGCCGAGCCGCUGUUUGGACGCUCCAGAGAGAUCAGCUUCGAGGUGUGACGGCGAGAAAGCCAGCGGGACGCAAGAAGCAUGUCGGCAUGCUCCUUAUACAUUUGCAGGAACUCAAACCUAAACCAUGUUGACCAAAGAGCACUAAGACACUUUUUUGUCUCGGAGGUCAUUAGUUGACUUUUGAGUAUUCCAGGGAGGUUGAUCAGGAUUAAAAAAAGAAAACAUCCCAGUUAAGUUUUUCAGUUCUGAAAAAAGUGCUGCAAUCUUUAGGGUUUAGGGGCAAAAAAUAACUAUUUUUUGACUUAUUUGUAGAUUUGGAUUUUCGAAUAAAACAUGUGUAUUUAUUAUUUUUGUUAAUAUUUUUUUUAUAAUUUGUAAUUAUGCUAUUUCAAGCCUUUGUGUAACUUUUACUAGUAUUUUAUAUACAGUAGGGAGUGGAUUCAUACAGCCCGAUCUCAUCUUGCAAUGCAGUCCGCUGAAAAUGACGGAAAGCGCCACUCUACGUAGCAACUGACUCUUGGGUCAAAGUUGGAAUUGCCACUAAAAAAAACCCCACACAUUUUAAGGUAUUCAACAUUCUGAUUACGUCCCAAUUUGUCACGUUUCAUGUGUCAGGUAAAACGCGACCAAUGGGGUUUUAUCAAAUAAUAUCCAAUCAAACUUUGUUUAUGUAGCACUUUUCAUACGCAGGCAAGUGGCAAAUAAAGACAAGGUGCUGUACAAAAAAUACGACACACACACACACACACACACACACACACACACACACACACACACACACACACACACACACACACACACACACACACACACGCACACACACACACAAUGAAUAUGUACAAAACCCAAAACCAGUGAAGUUGGCACGUUGUGUAAAUGGUAAAUAAAAACAGUUUACAAUGAUUUGCAAAUCCUUUUCAACUUAUAUUUAAUUGAAUAGACUGCAACGACAAGAUAUUUUAUGUUCACAUUGAGAAAGUUAUUGUUUUUUUUGCAAAUAAUCAUUAACUUGGAAUUUAAGGGCAGCAACACACUGGGCGUUUCUGGGUUCUGGGUGUUGUUGAUAAAUGGCUUUGACAUUGCAUAGUAGAGUUUUAACUUGCUCUUACAAAUGUAGCGACCAAUUGUAGUUACUGACAGUGGUUUUCUGAAGUCUUCCUGAGCCUGUGUGGUGAUAUCCUUUACACAUCGAUGUCGAUUUUUGACGCAGUACCGCCUGAGGGAUCCGAGGUCACCGGCCUUGCUGCUUACACGCAGUUAUUUCUCCAGAUUCUCUGAACCUUUUGAUGGUAUUACCGACCGUAGAUGGUGAAAUCCCUAAAUUCCUUGCAAUAAAUGCUUGAGAAAUAUUGUUCUUAAACUGUUGGACAGUUUUCUCACGCAUUUAUUCACAAAAUGUUGACCCUCGCUUUAUCCUUGUUUGUGAAUGACUGAGCAUCUCACGGAAGCUACUUUUACACCCAAUCAUGGCACUCACCUGUUCCCAAUUAGCCUGUUCACCUGUGGGAUGUUCCAAAUUAGUGUUUGAUGAGCAUUCCUCAACUUUCUCUGUCUUUUUUGCCACUUGUGCAAACUUUUUCGAACGUGUUGCCGGCAUCAAAUUGAAAAUGAGCUAAUAUUUGCAAAAAAUAACAAAGUUUACCAGUUUGAACGUUAAAUAUCUUGUCUUUGCAGUCUAUUUAUUUGAAUAUAAGUUGAAAAGGAUUUGCAAAUAAUUGUAUUCUGUUUUUAUUCACCAUUUACACAACGUGCCAACUUCACUGGUUUUGAACUUUGUGUGUGUGUGUGUAUAUAUAUAUAUAUAUAUAUAUAUAUAUAUAUAUAUACUCAAUAUGAAUCCCCUUCCUACUGUACAUAAUGAUAUUAAUACAAUAAUAGCUUUUAUCACUAUUAUAUAAAUAAUGCCAUUGUUAUCAUUAAUUUAAAAAAAAUGAUAACAUUGAUUAAACAUUUAAUGGCAGUUUCUGCUUUGGGAAAACGUAAGCUUUUAUGCCGUUCGUGCGUCAUAUUCCCCCCGCGCUAAGUUGUUAUUAAAGAAUUGCAAGCGAUCCACUCAGUUGAUUUUGACAUAUUAUGCAUGUUUUUAAGGGUUAAAAUUAAUCGUUGUGAGUAAAACAGCUUAAAAAAAGGAUCAUGUGACACAUUUUGACCUGUGUGUGUGUUUAUGUAUCGAUGUUGAUGGAAUUAAAAAUAGUAAUGAAGAAACUAUCUUUGCAUUUCCAUAAGUUGCGAAAAAAGGGAAAAACUCUAUGCCUAAAUGUGAAUUAUGUGAAAUAUAACUCACAUUAUAUGGAGUUAUGUAAUAUAACUUCAUAUAAAUGGAGUUCAAGUAUACAACCUGCCUCAAUGUAACGCUU